GCCGGGCCUGGCGGGCGGGCGGGCGGGCGCGCGCGGCGCGGGAGCUGAGCGCGGGCGGCGCGGCUGCGGGCGGCGCCCCUCCGGCCGGGGCAAUAUGUUCAAGAGAAUGGCUGAGUUCGGGCCUGACUCGGGGGGCAGGGUGAAGGGAGUUACCAUUGUGAAGCCGAUCGUGUAUGGAAACGUCGCACGGUAUUUUGGGAAGAAAAGGGAAGAAGAUGGUCACACUCACCAGUGGACGGUCUAUGUCAAGCCUUACAGAAACGAGGAUAUGUCUGCGUAUGUGAAAAAAAUUCAAUUCAAGUUGCAUGAAAGCUAUGGUAAUCCUUUAAGAGUUGUUACCAAACCACCAUAUGAAAUCACUGAAACAGGCUGGGGUGAAUUUGAAAUAAUCAUCAAGAUAUUUUUCAUUGAUCCAAAUGAAAGACCUGUAACCUUGUAUCACUUGCUGAAGCUUUUUCAGUCUGAUACCAAUGCCAUCCUGGGAAAGAAAACUGUAGUUUCUGAAUUCUAUGAUGAAAUGAUAUUUCAAGAUCCUACUGCAAUGAUGCAGCAGCUGUUAACAACAUCUCGUCAGCUAACACUAGGUGCUUAUAAGCAUGAAACAGAGUUUGCAGAUCUUGAAGUGAAAACCAGGGAAAAGCUGGAAGCUGCCAAAAAGAAAACUAGUUUUGAAAUUGCUGAGCUUAAAGAAAGACUGAAAGCAAGUCGUGAAACCAUCAACUGUUUAAAGAAUGAAAUCAGAAAACUUGAGGAAGAUGAUCAGUCUAAAGAUAUGUGAUGAGUGUUGACUUGCUAAAGAGCCUAUAAUGAAAAAAGGACUUCAGUCAUGGAACUGUACAUGUUCUCUUCAAUUCUGUAACUGAGACUACGUUGAUUUCACUUGCAAAUGAGUGAAGUAUGUGGCAAAUAGCUUUGUAAA